AAAAAAAAAUUGCAUUUUUAACUUUUUUUUCCUCUUCUUAUAAAACCAUGGCUUGGGGAGGUAAUGACGGAGCUAUCGAUCGCUGGGUCAAACAGCUUGAAGAAAAUGAUCCUAAACUGGUCUCACUGCAUAUUCUCAGUUUUCGACGUGUUACAACUUCAGAACUUGGACGGAUCUUUCGUGCGAUCGGGUCAAAUACCGUAUUAAAAGACUUGUAUGUUUCUGGACACGCUCUGGACGCUACUUGUGUUGAUUAUCUCAGCGAAGCUUUGACAAUCAACGAGACUUUGAGAUCACUCAACCUGGGCAACACUCACUUUGGUAGUAACGCAGACGUGUUUGGGCUCUUUUGUGAAGGUUUAGCAGCUAAUGAAGGUCUUAUCAAAUUGGAUCUCGAGAACAAAGGCUUAUUGAGCAAUAGUGAUAGCAAGAAGAAAUACGAAUCAGUUCGCUUAUUAGCAGAAGCAUUAGCUAAAAACAAGCAUUUGGAAGAAUUGAAUAUUGCACGCAAUGAACUUGAUGAUUAUGCCGUGGAAUUAUUGGCUCCUGCCCUUACUGGCUUAAAGAUAGUCAACAUGGCUAUCAAUAAUAUUGGAACUGAAGGUGCAUCCACUGUUGCACAACAAGUCUUAGCACCUCAUAGUCAUGUACGAGAAUUGGACUUGUCAGAUAAUCCUUUGUUAGACGGCGCUUGUUUGUUAGGAAAAGCAUUAUCGAAAAACCAUCAUUUACGAGUGCUCAAGCUAAUUGACGUGGUGUCUAAUUUGGAACAAGACUUGUCGGCAUUGCCUCCUGCUGCUUUGGAUCCCAAAGAUGGUAAAGUGGAAGAAAGCGACGAUAAGAAAAAGACAAACCCCAUACGUAGCUCGCACGGAAAUGCGUUGAUGGAAGCCAUUGGUCAGGCUCUUGCUAGCAACAAAACAUUGACUAGUCUCUGUCUUGAUAACAACGGAAUUGAGACUUCUAGCUUAUCCAAAUUGAUCCAUCAUUUGCCAAAUAGUUCAGUAACCGAGUUAAAGUUACGUCAAAACCGUAUUGAUGAUCAUGGUGCUGAAUUGUUUGCUAGUUUGUCUAAUUUGCAACACUUGGAAUUAGGAGAGAACGAGAUCACAGCCAAGGGUUUUGGUGCUUUGUUGGAUACACCUUUGGAAUAUUUGGGCUUGUUUAACAAUUCAGUAGGUGGAUUCGGUGCUGAUGAUAUUGUAUUGCCAGAUCUGUUAUCCAGUAAGAUCACACGUCUUGAUGUAGGCUGCAAUUCAAUCGUACAUCAAGAUGUAAAAGCCAUGGCUGAUAUUCUACUCAAUAAUGGUGUGCCUCAACUCAAACUGCUUGAAAUGGGUGGAAAUGUUGAAGAUAAGGAAAUGGAAUUGUGGCAAGAAACAUUGGAUCAAAUCCUGGUCGAGAGAGAUGGGUUAGAAAUUGUCUGGAAGCGCAAACCAACGCAAAUGGAAACAGCUGCACCUCCGCCAGUCUUGUAAUUCCUUAUCAUUUGUUUGUUGACUUUUUUGUUUUAUCUUAUCAAUAAAGGAUGACUGUCUUGUAUCAUUUA